UUUCCCCACGGGGCGCCCCCGUAAUGUCCGCCCCUGCACACCCUCGCCCGGGGAAGCAGAGGAAAGCCCGGUGCAGCCCCCGGGGGCCGAGGUCCGCCCUCCGCCCGAGGGGCCGGGGAGCCCGGCCCGGCCUCCCGACACUUCCUCUCAGAAAAUGGUGCGCGGCGCUGGGGGAGGCGGAGGCGGCGCUCGGGGAGUUGCUGUUUACCGUGUUGUUACAGAUCUUAUAGCAGUCGGUUUAAAGCGGGGAUCUGAUGAGCUUCUUUCUUCUGGCAUCAUUAACGGACCUUUUACCAUGAACAGUUCCACUCCUUCUACAGGUGUGUUUGCUAAUGGGAAUGACAACAAGAAAUUUAAAGGAGAUAGACCUCCCUGUUCGCCUUCCCGUGUUCUCCAUCUUCGAAAAAUUCCAAGUGAUGUCACCGAAGCAGAGGUCAUAUCAUUAGGUCUACCAUUUGGCAAAGUAACUAAUCUUUUGAUGUUGAAAGGAAAAAGCCAGGCUUUCUUAGAAAUGGCUUCUGAGGAAGCUGCCGUUACUAUGGUGAAUUAUUACACUCCGGUUACGCCUCACCUUCGAAGCCAGCCUGUUUUUAUUCAGUAUUCCAAUCACAGAGAACUUAAGACUGACAAUCUACCUAAUCAAGCUAGAGCCCAAGCUGCACUGCAGGCCGUCAGUGCUGUCCAGUCAGGAAGUCUGGGCCUUCCUGGAGCUCCUACCAAUGAAGGCACAAUCCUACCUGGGCAGAGCCCUGUGCUCCGAAUAAUUAUUGAAAACCUCUUUUAUCCUGUUACUCUGGAAGUUCUUCAUCAGAUAUUUUCUAAAUUUGGCACAGUCUUAAAGAUUAUCACCUUUACAAAGAAUAAUCAGUUUCAAGCCUUGCUUCAGUAUGCUGACCCAUUGAAUGCACAUUAUGCCAAAAUGGCUCUGGAUGGCCAGAAUAUCUAUAAUGCAUGCUGUACUCUGCGUAUUGACUUCUCCAAGCUCACCAGCCUUAAUGUGAAAUAUAAUAAUGACAAAAGCAGAGACUUCACUCGCUUAGACCUUCCUACUGGUGAUGGCCAGCCAUCCCUUGAACCCCCUAUGGCUGCUGCUUUUGGUGCACCAGGUAUAAUUUCCUCUCCAUAUGCAGGGGCUGCUGGAUUUGCCCCAGCCAUUGGAUUUCCUCAAGCUACAGGUCUGUCAGUCCCAGCUGGACUGGGUCCUGGAGCUCUUGGUCCUCUCGCAAUCACCUCCUCUGCUGUCACUGGAAGGAUGGCCAUGCCUGGGACUGGUGGGAUACCAGGAAACUCAGUUCUGCUCGUCACCAAUCUUAAUCCUGAUCUUGUCACACCACACGGACUUUUUAUCCUAUUUGGAGUAUAUGGUGAUGUACAUCGAGUGAAGAUAAUGUUUAAUAAGAAAGAGAAUGCAUUGGUUCAGAUGGCAGAUGCAAAUCAAGCUCAGCUAGCAAUGAACCAUCUAAGUGGUCAAAGACUUUAUGGGAAAGUGCUUCGUGCUACACUGUCAAAACAUCAAGCAGUUCAGCUUCCUCGAGAAGGACAGGAAGACCAAGGUCUGACUAAGGAUUUUAGCAAUAGUCCUUUGCAUCGCUUUAAAAAGCCUGGAUCUAAAAACUUCCAGAAUAUUUUUCCACCAUCAGCCACUCUGCAUCUUUCCAACAUCCCCCCCUCUGUUACAGUAGACGACCUGAAGAACCUUUUUACAGAAGCUGGAUGUUCAGUGAAGGCUUUUAAAUUCUUUCAGAAAGAUCGCAAAAUGGCACUCAUUCAGUUGGGAUCUGUGGAAGAAGCAAUCCAGGCCCUCAUUGAGCUUCAUAACCAUGACCUUGGAGAAAAUCACCACCUCAGAGUUUCCUUCUCAAAAUCUACAAUCUGACUUUGAAUUUUUCUCCUAAGACUGGACCAUAAUUUCAGUAAAACCUUCAGACAUAGACUGAAGCAGCUCAAGACCAAUUCUGCCUCUUUCACAAAAAUAACUUUCUGGAUUUGAUAUUCAAGUAUAUUCAAAAAAUCAUGAGACGUUCUCUUUUUCCAUUUUUCCCCCCUGCCAGUAUGUCAUCAAAGGCAUGUUUUUCCUUUGUACCAUAGUUGCUAAAAUGAAAAUAAUCUUCAGAAAGAAAAAAAAAAAACAACAACAGGAAAAAUUUUUUUUUGAUAGUUUUGAUUCCCUAUAUUAAACUAAAUUUAAAGAGGACAGACUUUCUUUUAGUUUGAGUCCAGUUCAGCCUUAUACAACAUUUCUAAACUCCUUUGUACUUUGAAAUUUUAAACAAAAAUUACUUGACAUAUGUAAUUGAAGUUACUUACAACCAAGUUUUUAACUUUAUGAUUCAGAAGUUUGACUCCUGUAGGAAAUUAUGUUCGCUUUUAAGUUACAUUGGUUAUUUGGCAUAUAUUGUUACUUACUGAACAUGAACAAAUUGGGUUGUAUUUGGAGCAAAUUUAUGAACUUUCAUGUUUUGUUUCCAUUUUUUUUUUCCACCAUUAGACACUCCUUUGCAUAUCUUUGACUUUUUAAGACUAUUUAGAGGAUGAAGUGUCUCAACUGUCUCCAGGGAAAUUAAAUGGAAUCCAACCAGGAUCUAUUAAGAUGUCCGAAUAAGUAAUAAUUUUAUUAGGAAAAAUCAUGUUUUAAAUUUCAAAGUGACACUUGUCUGAUAAUAUAAUAUGAUCUUGGAAAAUUUAAAAAGAAAAAUAAUCCUACUUAUAAACUACUUUUUUAUAAUUGUUUUCAGAAAAAAGUUUACAGUCUUAAGGAAAAUAUUCAGGUCUAUCAUAUGGUUUGACAGAUUUUUUAAAAGUUAUUUUUGGUAAGGUCUUCUUUUAGAAAAAAAUUAAUCUCAAGGGUUUUUUGUACCACUAUAAUCUCUAAUACUUAUUCAGAAUUACUGUGUAUUUACUUAAUUUCUUAUUAUGUGCCUUAUUAUGUGCUUAUGAUACAAUAGGUUAGAGUUUUAUCUAAGUAUCUUGAAAGCUGUAUUGUGGGCUUGGUGAGCGUUUGUUUUUUCUUUCCCUUUUUUGGUAAGGAUUUUAAAGGUUUUUUUUCAUUGCAAUUUUAAGUGGUUUUCAACAAGUAAUAGUUUCUAUUCAAAUUUUUGGUGCUGUGGUGUAGAGAGGGGUGGGGAAGGGGAAAUGGUUUGGGGAAUAACUCAGUGCACACCUGUGGGCCUCUUCACAUUUUGACCACUAGCCGGUUAAUAGCAUAUCAAUUUGGGGCUAUAAAAUGCACUCCUGGUUUCUGGAUGUUGUCUGAUCUUUAUCACCCUUUAGAAUUUGUCUCAGGAUUACUUGUUUUUUGUCGCAUACUCAAGAACUUGCUUUUCUUUGUUAAUGUAACUUCAUUACCAAGUGCCCACAUAUACAGAGGAUGAGAAGGGGGGUGUUCUUUCUCAUACUCUGUCCCUCUUUCUUUUUGGUUGAAUGUAAGAGUACAUUUUAAUAUUGCCUCAGUGAUUGUAUAAUGUAAAGUUACUUCUUUUUAAUUAGCUACUUUGCUUUUGUUAAUUAUCCCUUCAGUGCUUGAUCAGAUUUUUUUAAAGCAGAAUUUGUUAAAGGGUCAUUUUUGUCCACCCUUUUUACACUUUUCAGAUUCUCAGAGUGGCUCAUCUCACGUUUUAAAAGAAUAUCUCAGUCUCUUUGCUCUAGUCCAGCCAUUAAUUUGAACCCAGGAAGAUUUUUACAAAAGAAAUUUUACAAAAUAUUGGAGACUGCAAAAGACCUUUUAGGCUGUUAAAAGCAGAAUUCACUCAACGCUGAGCAACAGUUAUUUGAUAGAAUACGAAGGAGGACACUCAAUUGAGACCUUUCAAAUGGCUUGGUUUUCGAUUGGCUGAUAGGUAUAAUCAUUGAUCUAGUUUGUAUUUUUUCACUUCUGAAACUUAUUUUUACCAAAACACUGCAUAAGAGGGAAGGGGGAAAAAACAACUUAUUUAAGAAAUCUCCCAAAAUUUGCUUUAGUUUUACCUUCCAGGCAGGCACUAUUAUAAUUUUCAUUGGUGUGUUAAAUUGGGUUGUGUCACUCUUUUUUGGGGUGGGGGGGCGGUUAGGAAUUACUGUGUAGUUUUAAUUUGUGGUUCUCAUAACAAUUAGUGUAAAUGUAGCAAAAGUGUAGCAGAAGGGAUAUCGUAGUGGUGUUGAAUGUAAUUUUGAAGUAGGGAAUGGCCUUUAUAUUUGAGAGAGAACAUUUGAAUCCUUUUCAGGGAUUUGCGUGUAUGUGUGUAUAGGUAAGUGUAUAUACAUACAUACACCCUUCUAAUAUUGUACAUACAUAUGCACAUGACAUACAUUUUAAUUUAUUGACAAAAAUCAAAUUAAGAUUCGGAAAAGUGAGAUUUUGUUUGAAUUAGUGUUUGGAAACCAUCAGUUUAUGUCUAAAGUUCACUGUAGCACGUGGAUGUUGUUCAUAUCGGGCUCUUUGCUCUCUGAAUUAUAGAGGUCCACAGUAUUUGUAUUGGUGUAGUUUCUGUAAAAAAUACCAGGGUAGUGGAAAAGCUAGAUCUUUGUAAUUUUUGGUUUGGCAUGCAUUUAGUUAAUAUCAUCUAAGCAAUGUUUAUUUUUGCUGUUGAGCUGUCAUAGUAUCCUAUUUUUAAGUUUAUUUACUUUAAGGAGUAUUAUCAUUAAUGGAGGUGUCUAACUUUGACACAAAAUAUAUAUAUUCAGGACUUUAAAAAAUAGCAGUACACGUUUAACAGUAGCAAUUUAUGCCAAAAAGUUUUACUUCUGAGAUUUAAAUAACUUGCAGAACUGUAAAUUGUGUUGUGUGUGAGUUACAAUCAGAAAAAUAACCUUAAUAAUGUGAUAACUUACUGGAGAGUACCAGAAAUUACCCAGUAGCUCCUCCAGAAUGCCAUAAAUUCUUCGCUGACUAAAUAUUGUGACGUUAUUUAUAGUUAUGUUUUUGAUUUUGUUGUUGAAAGUCGCAGAGCUCCCUGUUUUUAGAGAUAGAAUUUCUGCCUGUUUAGUUCCACAUGGAAGGAAUGCCUUUUUUUGACUCCACCUAGGAUGGUGAUCAUAGGUUCUGCCUCAGUUGAUUAAAAGUAACUCUCAUGAGUGUUUCUGUUCAGUUGUGUAUAAACUUUUGAAAGCUCCCAUGUCAUUAGACAGCAAAGUUUAUACAUGGAGUAUGUUAUCAUGUAAUUCCUCUUCUGUUCCACUAAAUAUUUUUAGACAAAAUAUGACAAGCUCAAAAGUAUGUGUUCCCCCCAAUGAGUCAUUUAAAAACCCUGUUUGCCAAACUAGCAGCCUAUCUCUUAGAAAAUUUAGUGUGUACUGCUAUUUUUAAAACCAAAAGACAGCAUGACUGCACAACAGCAUAUUUCUUAGCCUUUCCUUUGUCUUGAUCUGUUGUUAACAAGAAUAAAACUGCCAGACUUAAAAUAUUCUACUAUUGUGCUGGAAGAUAUACAAUUUAGACUGCACAAAACUUUUCCUUUAAAGAAACAUAACUCAGCUGUCUUUUAAGAGCUGUGUUGUUAUCUACAAGACUUUGCAGUCUUUUUUCAGAGCAAAUUUUAACAGCUAGUUGCGAAUGGUUUAAAAAAUAAAAAAUUACUGAAAUAUUAAUUUGGGGGGUUUUAUAGAGGGAGAAAAACAAAACAGGACCAAAGUUUAUGUGCCUUCUUCAGUAGUCUUAAUUGAUCUUUUCUUCCUAUUUGAGACUAAGGUAGUAUCAGUAUUCUGGUUUUCAGGAAAUACAUACUGUAUAGUUUUUAAAAGAAUGUUAUCCCACAAACCAUCCAUUCAAGCAAACACCUGUAACUGUAAAGUGAGGUCUCGGUUGCACUUUUUGCCUUUAUCACAUAAUACUCAUUUUAUUGCAUUGUGCAGAUCCAAGAACAGAGCUGCUCUAAUCUUCGUGGUAGUCAUCUUAGUUUCUGUAACCUGAGGCAUAUGUUCCAGAGAACAGGGAUAUUUAUCUGGUCCAGUGACCUUGGUGAUAAUAGUCAUGAUUGAAAGCUGCUUAUGGCCAGCUUGAAUCAGCACUGUAAACAGAUUUUUGUUGUUGUUAUGUUAUUUUUAGUUCUUGAUUCUAUGUAGUAGUUGUAAUAAUAAAUAUUUAAAUAGCUAUUUUUGAUGUCAUUUAAAAAAAUCAUGCUCCGGCCUUUUUUCCCCCUUCCAUUGUUACCCAGAUCUUUAAAUAAUUCAUCCCAUAUCCAAAACGUACUAAUUAUAAAGAUUGCAGACUAAGCAAAGUUUUGCAUCAAAGUGUCACCUCAUUGCUCUGACCAAAGACUGACUGUUCUGGUUUUAACUCCUUUCUGUUAAGCAUUUUUUCCCAAGCUCCUUUCUGAAAGAAGAUCCAAUGCAAAGCGGCCUUUCCUUUGUAUUUUCUAUUGGUGAAUAGACUACUUUAAGAGAGUGGGAGUUUAAUAUGAACAGAAUGGAUUAGGAUGACAAAGGUUUGAUGGGCAUUUUCAGUACUGUAUUUAAGAAAAAAAAUAGCACAGCCAGGCGCCUCUGACAUUGUCUCGUGUUUUACGUGGUCUGUUCAUAAAAUUCCCUUUUUUCAGUUUAUAAAAGUGUUCACCUAACAGAAGAAAAUGCUGUAAAUAUUUGUAACAACGUUUUUUUAAACCAGGCCAAAAAAGAAAAUGAUAAAAAAAAACAACGGUUUUUGGGAACAAGUAACAUAUAAAGUGGUUUUAUAUAAAACAUCAAUUGUCUUGUAUAUUUUGAUAAGCAGCAGUACCAGCUUUCAUUUGUAACACAGUUUGUGUCAUUGGAAGAAAAGGAUUCUGUGAUUUGUUGAAGUGAAUUAUGUUAUAAAUGCAAAGAGAAGAUAAAAUAUUAAAAACAUAUUUUCUAAGUG